AUGGCAAUCUAUCCACUCCUUGAUCAGACACGUUCCAUCAUCGCUAAUUGGAGCGUAGUGGUUCCCGUGACAAGCGUCGAUUGGGUAGAUCUCUCGGCCGGACGCGAAGAAUACGGCAAUGAUGACAAUCGCAACGAUUACAACAAUAACAAUGACCACCAAGGGGGCGGGUACGGUGGAAAUAACCACAAUAACCAGGGAGGAGGAGGACUCUUGGGCACCUUGAGCGGCGUUCUCGGCAACAAGAACGAUCAUCAGCAACAGGGGUACAAUCCACAAAACGAUAACCGCCACGGAGGCGGAUAUGAUAACAACAACAACCAAGGAGGAGGAUAUGGCGGCAAUAACAACCACGGGAACCCAAGUGGUGGUGGUGGUCUGUUGGGUACCUUGACCAGUGCUCUUGGCAAGAACGAUCAUCAGCAACAAGGUCAUAGCUCCCAAAACAACAACAAUCACUCCGGUGGCUCCGGUGGUUUAAUGGGUAUGGUCAAUAAUGCGCUUGGUGGAGGUCAACGUGCCGAAGAAAAAGAAGCCAUCGAUAUGUUCCAAGAACAUGUCAUGAAAUCUGGUCCUCAAAAUAACGAGUCUGCCAUCGAGCAAGCCAAGGAUAAGCAGAUUGCUGAUGCCAUCCGUGGUGGAUACAAGCAAUUCACUGGAAAAGAUACCUUUAGGCAUACAUGCUAUUUAAAUAAGCAUGGCUACAGAAGUCGAAUUGAACACGUGGGUACCAGAGAGUCUCCAAAUCCCGCCGCCACUUGGCAACAGUCCAAUCUGGAAGCUGUCCUCAGAGAUAUUUCUGAUGAUUGCAGAAUAUCUGGACACUGCUACAUGUCUUACCCUUUCACAG